AUGGACAGGUCUGUGUACAAUUAUUCAACCUACUGUGAUGAUAACAUCAUCGACUGGACUCAGGAAGCCGAAGCUGUGAUCCGGGACAUCUCUCAGCACGUCCAAGAAAUCUCGCUUUCCACCGAACUUUCCGCUACACGCACAGAAUCGUACAUCAACAUCACAACAUUAGAUGGCAAACAGAUGUGUGUGAAGCUCAAUGCCGAGGGUUUGCAAAUUGUGGGAGAUGUGCACGGUGCUAAAGACCGGGACUGUCCUACUAAUCGUCGCUACGAAACACCGUACGCUCUGCUGUCGGACGUAUGUUCGUCGUAUGUAAAUUCAUUUGGCAAUUCGCUUGUAAGUGCGCUAAGCAAACUAGAACAAAAAAUUCCACAGGAACAUGGCUUGUCCGAUAUUGAAUAA